AUUUUUUAAAAAUUCUUAAAAACUGUAAAAUACCUGUGUGUAGCUGCUUCUUGGACCUGUUAACACAUUGCUGUUGCUAGAAACUUCAUUGUGGGGAGGAGGAAGAAGGAACAACUCGGCUUGGAAGGACCUCAAUCGUAUCAUAAGAACAGGGAGGAAAUAGCAGAAGGAAGGAUAUAGCUGAAUACAACAAAAGUAACUUACCUUCUGGUGUGCAGGAAGGUCCUGGAGGAAAAUUGGGAAACCAUGGUGCCUUGCAGUGUCUGCUGUGAGAACCUUUCUAGGGCCUUGGAUCCUAUCUUCUCUGCUUGUGCCUGUUUUAUAACACUGGAGACUAAAACCUAAUUUUUGUGAUUAAGUUUUCUAGGCUGCCUAGAGAAUUUAACUGAGUUUAAACUCUCCUGGUAGAAAUCGCUAGUAAUUUCCACACCUCCCUACACAGGCAUCAUCAGCAAAGGGCAAGCAGCUAGAUCUAAAUCCUAAGCUGAUCCACUGAAAGAUCAAUUGACUUGCAUUUCUGUUUUUUCUAACACAUAUACAAGGGAUACGUUCUCUGCUGUUGCAAUUAAUCCCUCAAUAAAACUGUAUCACUUGCUUAUUCUUUUCAGUAUGGGUACUUCAAGUUGCCAUCUUAGGCUGGAGAGACUAGUGCUCGGGUAGGUGUGUUGUGCUGUAGGCUCUUGGAUUCCCAUACUGAGCUACACUAUUGAUUUCCCUUACUGUCCCUUUUGGGGAAAGGAGAAGCAAACAGGAUCCAUUAGAUUUCAGUCCUCCACUAAAAGCUUUUCAGUUCUAAACCAUCAUUCCUUUAUCAGAAACUAAUUAACUGGAACUUUAUUAGUUUGCCUCUUACCAGCAAAGGUCUCUAGCCCUACACCUGAGAAUAACAGACCCUUUUACGUCUAGGUCUAACUUCCCAUUCAGUUCAUGCAUGAUUUCUUUUCUGUAUACACAGUAGGAUUUUUAGCCUAGUUCCAUUAACAGUUGAAGAAAGAAAGGUGUCAUAGGGAUAUAUCAGACAGGAAAAAAAAUACUACUUAACAAGGUAAUUUUUUGGUAACCUGUUUAAGAUGACCGCAGAAGAAGUGUUAACUGCAAAGGUGCUUGGUGGAGCAUGGCAUUAAUAAUUGAUAUCUAAUUUAAAUGUAAGCCUGCAGCAAUCUGAGAUGAACUUCAUUGGCACAGGAUGCUGUCACAUAUGACAUCCAGUAUGAGAUUAUAUACUAAUGAUUUCAUUCAGAAUAAAACAUGCAAAUAUAAGGAGUAAGUAGUACUGGAUACUGCAGUUACUAAAAUACAACUGUUGAUUCCUUCAUUAUACAGAAAAUUACAUUGUAUAUACAUGCAUGGCUUAGAACUUUGGCGAAGAAACUGCUUUUCUUUCUAGUCGCCUGCCUGAUUAAGCCUCACAGUGUUAGCUGGGGCAUUUUUAAAAUAGAAAUACUUAAAUAACAUUUACUAAGCACUCUUCCAUUGUUUCGACAACUGUCAAUCACUUUUGAGAGCUGUAUAAAAAUAAAUCGGGACUUUCUGCACCAUGUUUUUUUUAUACAUUAGAAACUUCCUGGAAUCUGUGAACACCCGUCUGUGCUACAUACUUGACUGCUGAACCAUAACGAUGGCCUCGCAGGAGCAGGUCUGGCCAGUCCCAAUGAAGGCAAUUGGAGCACAAAACCUUUUGACAAUGCCUGGAGGAGUGACCAAAUCAGGGUAUCUUCAUAAAAAGGGAGGCACCCAGCUGCAGAUCUUGAAGUGGCCAUUGAGAUUUGUGAUUAUCCAUGAGGGAUGUAUUUACUAUUUUAAGAGCAGCACAUCUGCAUCUCCACAGGGUGCAUUUUCUUUGAAUGGUUACAACAGGGUUAUGCGGGCAGCUGAGGAGACAACAUCAAGCAAUGUGUUUCCUUUCAAGUUAGUUCACAUUAGCAAGAAGCACAGGACGUGGUUUUUUUCAGCUUCAUCUGAAGAUGAAAGAAAGAGUUGGAUGCUAUCCUUGAGGAGGGAAAUUGAUCACUACCAUGAGAAGAAAGAAACAAUAACAGAAUUCAGUGACUCUGGUUCUGAUGCAGACAGUUUCUAUGGCUCAGUAGAACGUCCCAUCGAUAUCAAGUAUUCUCAUCAUUCAGCAGAUAAUGAAGAUUACGACCAGGAGGAAGAGGAUGAGUCUUACUUGCAGCCAGACACUUCUGACAUAGUGAAAGAUGAUAUGGUCCUGCCCCCAGCCUACCCACCUCCACCGGUUCCUCAUGUCAGAAAAGCUAACUACUCAGAAUCAAGGGCAAAUUCCUUUGCUGGCAAAUCUACUGUGCCAGUACCACCACCGCCUCCUAAAAGAAGCUUACCUGAUAUCAAACCAGAGGAUCUCUUAAGCAUGAGAGAACCCCUGUUACAGUGCCGAGCUGAACCUAAUCUAAAGAUUCAAUCCUCAAGUCGGAGACUAAGUGAACAGCUGCCCCCUGUACCCACUCUACCUCUUUUCAAAAAGCCGGUGUAUGUCAAAGAAUCUUGCUCAUUGCCUCCAGAGCCUCUGCCUCUAGCUCAAGUUGUUUCUACUCCAGAAGGAUGUGAGAAGCUAAAAACCUUAAACCUUUCACCGCGAACUCCUCCUCCGCUACCAAGCAGUAAACCCAAGCUGUCACAGUUCACUGAAAAAACAGUAGAGCCCAAAGUGCCAAGAGAACAUGGUAAACCUGGACUGUUUGUGCCACCAGUGCUCCCAAAGCCACCUGUGCCAAGCCACCAGCCCCCUGGAAUCAAGCCUAGACCAGAGAAGUCUUCAUGUUCCCAGUUACAGAGAUCACCACCAGAUGGACAGAGUUUUAGAAGUUUUUCAUUUGAAAAACCAGCACUACCCUCUAAGCCAAACCAACCUGAUGAUGAUUCUGAUGAUGACUAUGAAAAAGUUGGGCUCCCUGCUUCAAUAUUUCUUAAUACUUCUGAAUCCUUUGAAGUUGAAAGGACAUUUAAAGCUAGUAGCCCACGGGGCCGACCGCAAAAUGGAUUGUACUGUAUUAGGAACUCAUCUACUAAGCCUGGAAAGGUAUUGGUUGUAUGGGAUGAAUCUGCAGAAAAAGUGAGAAACUACAGAAUCUUUGAAAAGGAUUGCAAGUUUUACCUGGAUUCAGACAUCAUGUUUUUGAACAUGGGAAGUUUGGUCGAGUACUAUAGCAUUCAUGUCUUACCUAGUCAUGACAGCCUUAUUCUUCGGUGUCCUUAUGGUUACUCUAAACCAAGGUGACAUGACUGGCAUAAUUCACUGAUGCUUAGGACAAAUGGGUUCCCUACUGCCCUUGAAUUAAAUGUGGACUCCUGCCACUGGUGGACAUCCCAUUGUUUGCACACAGAAACUGACUCUGUUUCAGCCAUUUAUUCUCACAUUCAUUGUAUAUAAACUCCAUUUAAUGAACUCUUGGUAAAACCUUACAAUCCAGAUCAGUGGAUUUUAUGGUCUUUUCUUUUAAAAAGAUCUGAACCGAUUAUGCUGUGAAAGCUGUCCAUGAUACCUACACCUUUUAUAAAACUGCUGCUAUUACUAAUCUCCUUGGAACGUGGAAGAUGGACACGAACAAAGUAGUGGUCUGAAUACAACCAAUACAGAAACAGGAAACUUCUGAAAGUGUAUCAGAAUUCACUUGUGACAGGGAAUACUAAUACUCUGACUUGAAGGUAUUACUCCUUAAGUCAGCACUGGUGCUCAACUGAGAGUUUUUGUAUUACUUGUAUAGUUGACAUGUAAAUAAUGAAGACUUCUGUGCAAAUAAUUUGGUUUACUAUAGGUUAAGAUGAUCAGAAAAUGUGGCUUUUUUUUUAAGCCACCUCAUACGUAAAUGUAGCUUCUGAUUACAAUGUCUGCAGUAAUCAAUAUCAGGGUACUAUCCAACUGAUAUGGUUGUGGCAUCCCACAUGUUACUUAGUGAUGUGCGUGUCAGAGAGACGUGGAAUAAUAUUGAUUUGGCUUUCAUGGGAGCCCAAUUCCUUAGUUCUGAACUGGAAGGGUAGGUGCCACUAGUAUUUUUAAUGGGUAUGAGAAAAGAGAAAGGACUACUUAAGAUUAAGGGGGAAGGGAGGGAAUCUUUUGAAUACCCCAAAUUCUGACUCGCAGUUUUCUCUCACAUUGCUGUAAUCAAAGGUUCUUUAAAACAAAACACACACAAAAAAAACUGAAACCAUGAGUGUGAUGCUACUAUCAACUCCGUAAAUCUUUGUGGUCAGUCUCUUAGGAUCAGGUUGUCAGCCCAUUGCAUUUUGUUUUGUUCUAGGGCAAAACACACUGGCCUAGGCUACUUGUAGAUCACCAAGAAUUUUUCCAUUAUUAAAAUUGCCACUUGGUUUGUAGUUGCAUGCAAAAUAAAAUCUGUUUUUAACAUACUAUCAGUGGUAGGCAUUACCAGGGUGCUUGUAAUAUUUGUUCCCUAAUAUUUUGGGGACAGGUAUCCUAACACCAAGGGCUUGAUAUUUAUGCUAAAUAUCCUAAAUUUUAAUAAAGAGGAGAAAUUUAUUUUAAUGACCUGUUAAGUAAAUUUGUUGAUUCAAAAAUACUGUUACAAUGGUCUCCUACUCUAAUAAUGUUUACGAGACUUGCAAUAGUAAUUAAAAAAAAACCCAAAUUCUGUCACUCCUGAAACAGAAGGUAUCUAGCUUCUAUCAGUCUGAAUCUGUAUCCAUAAACUUAAUUCUUUUUUCUGUUACCUUUUCAAAGUUUAUACGUGUCAGUUUUAAUCUUGUUACAGUUAGAUGGUCACAACUUUAAAAACAUGAGCAAAACCAUUACAGAAUAAGAAUAUUCUGUUUAUGAAAACAAUAAAUCAGGAUUUAAUCCCUAAGGGAUUUUCUUUAAUAGAGAUGUAAUAUUAGGACCAUACAUAGGAAUUGAGGCAAGAAGCUCUGGCUUUAUCUUUUGCAAGAGACACAGACAUACACAAUAUCAGUCUUUUGAUCUCUGUUCUCACUGUAAUAGGUUUUAUGUGCGUAAAAAAUAUGUGGUACUUAAAUUUCAGAUUCUGUUGAAUAUUGGAUAUUUUCAUUUUCUAAUUCCUUUUAUUUUAAAUGAGUAUCCCUGUGGUUCACUACCCUGAUAUGAUCCACUCUGUAAAGAAGGCUCAGCCAACAAAGCAUUUGAAAAAUAUUUUUGGCAUAUAGAUAUAUGUAUAUCAGAGCAAGUUCCAGUUUCUUGCAGUAUUUACACAUACUGUUUACAGAGUAAAUUUUUCUCUGGGAAUAAUUGACUUCAUUGUGUCAGGACAGUCAUACUUACAGUAUGCUAUCUUUGGGGCCCUAUUCAGAUAUUUAAUUUUUUUUUUUUUGCAACCAUGUACUCUUUUUUAAACUGUAAAAAUACUUACAUAAUCCAAUACAUAUAAAACAUAACACUGUCUACCUGUGUAAUACAAGAUUUGCAAAUAUGUAAA